AUGCCGUUCCAUUUCCAUUUCCAUUUUCCUUCCUUUCUUCGUUUUUUUAGCGUUCUGCAACUCUAACCCCACAAUUUGAUUUAUCGCAGGCCGUUCAGUGACGAAGAGUUACGGAGCAACGAGAAGUCGCCGUCUGUCAGAGUAUUGCCGGCAAGCACAUCGAUAGGGUUUUCACCUUCGAUAAGGUUUUAUGUCCUUCUACUAGGCAAAAGGAUCUUUAUGAACAAGCUGUUACUCCGAUAGUUAAUGAAGUUCUUGAGGGGUUUAAUUGUACCGUAUGGUCAAACUUGUACGAGGAACACCUACACUAUGGAAGGCGAGUGCAAAAGGGCCAAUGUAUGCUAUGAUGUUAUGAGGCAGAGCUCCCUUGUUGGUUCUCUUUGCAGCACUGUUGCACCGUCAUUGUCUGAACAGAAUGAACAUCUGGAAGGUGUGAAGAAGCAUAAAAUCUGUCAUUCUUUUUUGGACGUUCAUGAUAAGGCCGAUGUUGAUUUUAAAAAGAAAGUGACAUCUCUGAGGUCCUUGUAUAUAUCUCAUAUCAAGGCAGUACAAAAUGUCGUGCGCUUGCAUAAAGCGAACUCUGAUGCUGCCUUUGAGGAACUUACUUCUGUUAUAUCCUCCAAUGGUGAUUCAAUCGAAAAAUUUCUUGCAUCCGAGGCUACCGAAGCUGGUUCAAUAUUUGAUGAUCUUCAGGGUUCCCUUUCAACUCAGCAGGGUGAAUUGGCAGUUUUUGCGAGCGAGUUACGAAAUAAAUUCAAUCUCAGCCUUGAACAAAUAAAGGAUAUCUCCGAGCGCUCUCAAGAAUUUGUGGAUAAGCUUUUUGAAGAAUCAAAAAAGCUUAAAGACUACGCAUCACAGGCUGACCCAGUGCAAAUGAAGAGCAUUGAUGAAUUUAAAAAAGCUUACGAGGUUCUAACUUUGCACCAACAAGUAUUAUUUGGAAGAUGGUUCUGGUUGUUGACAUCUGAUGUGGACAGCUUAUUCUAUUCUGAGCAAUCAAAAUCGGAUAAAGAGAAACUUAUUGCUAAUAUGACUAGUUUAGAUUCUGAUCACAUUCGGCGACAAAUGGAUCUGACUCAAAGCUUGUUGGUCUUAGGAAAACGGAAUGAAGAACAAGUCCUGGACAUGUUGUCUUCAAUGGGUGAUAUUGUUACCAAUAAAUGCUAAAAGGAAAUGGCAGGCCUUCUGCGUGCAAGCAGAAAAAGAUUCUAAA